GAUCAUUGGCUCGAGCUCGAGCGCCAGCAGUUGCAUACACCACACACGCAUCCACACGUCCGUUUCAGGAACCUUAGCGGUCGAGCACCUGUUAGCAAUGGCGUCCGGUCAGGAGAAGGGGAGGUCGGAGCUGGACAGCUUGGCCCGCGAGGGGCAGACCGUCGUCCCCGGCGGCACCGGCGGGAAGAGCUACGAGGCGCAGGAGAAACUCGCUGAAGGGCGCAGCCGUGGUGGGCAGACUCGGAAGGAGCAGAUGGGGGAGGAGGGGUACAGCGAGAUGGGGCGCAAGGGCGGGCUGAGCACCAACGACGAGUCCGGCGGCGAGCGCGCCGCCAGGGAGGGCAUCGACAUCGACGAGUCCAAGUUCAAGACCAAGUCCUAGAUGUUCAGUUCAGUGCCUAGCUUAGCAAAGCAACUGACUGCUCGCUCUUGUUUGGAUGUAGUCCGUUCAGCGUGUCCAAGGUACUGAAUAAUGUAGGUCGUCAGGUACUCGGAUCUUGACGUGAGCACGCAUGUACUAGGUGAUCAUGUGUACCGUGAUCGUGUGUGCUUUAGUGUCCCAGCUAGCUUCUGCUAGCUAGUAGUAGGUGUCGUUGUAAGUUGUGACCAAGCUAGGCUGUUGCUCUCUGUAAUGUAGUGCGUCUGUCUGUUUGUUAUGAAUCUGAAUCUCCGUC